CGGCGGCCCGCGCCGCCGCCGCCUCCUCGUCGGCCCGGUUCGAGUUCACCUUGGACUUUAGUUGAGUUUAGCGGAGCCGCGCCGAGACAAAAGACGAGCACGCUGGUGUGCGUGUGGGAUGGAGACGCAGUUGUGUUGUUCACCUUGUGUUUUUCCGCCACAAGGCCACAUCGCAACUUCACCAUCCUCCGCUGCUUCUCCUCCUCCGGGGGGAUUAGAACGGCCGACUCGGUGACUCCAAACAUGGCCGAUGCUUUUCUCCUCACUUUAUCGAUGCUUUUCAAACAUCGCGUGUGCUGUGAGACGCGCGCGGCCAGUGCGUUGUGCUUGUGUGUUUUGACCGUUUGUGUGUCUCUCCCAUUCAGCAAAAUGUUCAUCGGGGGUCUGAGUUGGCAGACGACGCAAGAGGGACUGAAGGAGUAUUUCUGCAAAUUCGGGGAGGUGAAGGAGUGUAUGGUGAUGAGGGAUCCCGUUACCAAGAGGUCGAGGGGGUUCGGGUUUGUGACGUACGCAGAGCAGGCCGGUGUGGAGAAAGUUCUGGCGCAAAACAGACACGAGCUGGACUCGAAAACGAUCGACCCAAAGGUGGCGUUUCCUCGCCGGGCUCAACCUAAGUUGGUGACCAGGACAAAGAAGAUCUUUGUAGGAGGGCUGUCAGUCAAUACCACCAUCGAAGACGUCAAGCAAUACUUCGACCAGUUUGGGAAGGUUGAUGAUGCCAUGCUCAUGUUCGACAAAACAACCAACAGACACAGAGGUUUUGGGUUCGUCACGUUCGAGAACGAGGACGUCGUGGAGAAAGUGUGCGAGAUCCACUUCCAUGAGAUCAACAACAAAAUGGUGGAGUGCAAGAAAGCGCAGCCCAAGGAGGUGAUGACGCCGACGGCCUCUGCACGGGGGCGCUCCAGAGUGAUGCCCUAUGGAAUGGAUGCCUUCAUGCUGGGUAUUGGCAUGCUCGGCUACCCAGGCUUCCAGACCACCACAUACACCAGCCGCAGCUAUUCUGGAAUCGCGCCUGGAUACACGUACCAGUUCCCAGAAUUCCACUUAGAGAGGACCCCCCUCCUGACAUCAUCCCACCCCGCUGAGCUGGCAGCCAUCCCUCUGACCGCGUACGGACCAAUGGCAGCAGCCGCAGCAGCAGUGGUUCGAGGCUCCACCCCUUCACGCACAGCUGGUUUCCUGGGCACCAGCAGCCCUGGACCAAUGGCCGACAUCUACGCCGCGGCCAAUCAGGACUCAGGAGUGAGCAGCUACAUCAGCGCUGCGAGCCCCGCCCCCAGCACAGGAUUCGGCCACGGUCUCGGGGGUCCACUUAUUGCUACUGCGUUCACUAACGGCUACCACUGAGAGGACUCCAGUCGCAAACACCAGUGCGUCUCCUCUGCUGACCAGCCAAUCAGGGAACAGGUUGCCCACCGAGGGCAGGUUCUGAUUGGCCGACCGCCACAAGCUCCUCUGUGGCGCCACCCACCGACUGAAUAUCUUUGAAAACUGUUUUGCUGUACUAAUCUCACUUCAACACCCCCCCCCAACCUCACCCUCCUCCUCUCCCCCUCCUCCCCCUCCCCUCUCUGAAGCUGAGAAAACUGACAAAGCAACUAUUUUUUAUUUUUAUUAUUAUAUUUUAAUGUGUUUUUUAACAUGAAAUCCUGGAAGGCCAUUACUGAUGUGAACACGCGCUCACUUUUGUCGUCUAAAAAAACCAAGAGAACAAAUCCAACAAGGUUUUUUUAAGUGCAAAAAUGUAUAUUUUGGUAAAAACACAAACAAGCUUUGUAAUAUUAUUAAUAUCGACAUGAUAAUCUGUGAGGUAUUUUAUUCUGUAAUUGGUUUUAAAAAGAAGUUUUUAUGUCUUCCUGUAAGAUAGUGUACAUAUGGGCGAUGGGGCGGGGCUACUGAACCAGCUGGCAUGCCAUUGGUUGGUUUUGGGGUUGAGCAUUAUGGGAUGUCAUCUGUUCUUCUCUGUUAUCGGACUUGUUUUUAUCAGACUCAAUUCUUCCAGUGUGGCGCCGACUCUGUUUCACUUCCACCAGGAGAAAUCAGGGGUUCCACGUUCUCUUUUUUGGAAAUGUUCUAUAUAAAUAUAUUUUUGUGAAGUUUUUCUUUUCUUUUUUUCUUUUUUUUUUUUUUUUUUAAACAACUUCUAAAUGAAGGACAGACAAUGUCACACUAACGCUUUUGAGUGAGUGACUGUGUGUGUGUGUGUGUGAGCGUGUGUGUGGAGUCACCGUGGAACUACUUGUGGAGAGUAUUUCGAUCGCCUUUGUUUUGGUACUGAACCGUUUCAUGUUGGGUUCAUCUGCUCCCCUUUAAAGACGUUUGUGUCGUAGCUGUGAACGGAGGUGGGCGGGGGGCGCUCAGGAGCCCAGAAUGUAACAGGGUCUCUGCUCCCCGAGCGGAUCCCACAUCGGACCACAAGCUGGAUGGACUUGUGCUGAAACUCGACUCGCUGUAAAACUACUGCUGGACACCAACACUGUAACUUUUUAUCUGACAAGAGAAGCAAUAAGUUAUUUUGUACCUGACAAAUAGAAACUUUUAUCAGCGAGAGCAGGCGGCGGUGGAGGAUUCUGUGGCAUUAUUUUCAGUAAAAAAAAAGGAAAAAAAUUUUUUUUUUUGUUCUGUUCGUCUAUGUGGACUUUGACAACAUCUUUAUUUGUGCUGACGCGAGAAGAAGGGCCAACACUGACUGGAGAAGAAACCUGGAACGUCCCUGCCAAGCUUUACAGCGACGCUUUCUUAUUUUCUUGUUUUAUUUCUGAUGAUUUUGAUUUUAAAAUCCUAAUAAAUUAUUCUACAGCGACCAACUCUGGUGUUGUU